AUGGCUCAAGCCAGACAAAGCGAGGAAAUCAAGAAACAACAAAACAUUAUUCAUGAACAAAAAUCGACAGGAAGUGGCGAGCAUAAUAUUGACAACAUUUCUAAGAAUAGAAAACAACCCACGCGGGAUUCGCGCGAAAAAAUUUUAACGACAGAAAAUACGGCAAAAUGGACGGCAAACCCAAAUGUACGCGGUGUCUCGGACCAGCGCACUCCAGGCAAUUCUGCCCAGCAAGUGAGUCCUUCUGUAACAACUGUUCAAAGAAAGGACAUUGGGCAAAAGCGUGUCGAAGCCAAGCAAGCCAACAACUUCGCAAGAAACAAGUUAACGAACUAA